CUGUCACUUUCCCCGGCAGGGAGCCAUGGCUGCAGAGAGCCCUGUACAGAGUCUCCAGGAUGAAGCCUCUUGUUCCAUCUGUCUGGAGUAUUUCAAAGACCCGGUGUCUAUCCACUGCGGGCACAACUUCUGCCGGGCCUGCAUCACCGACUACUGGGAGGAGUCGGAUACCAACUUCUCCUGCCCUCAGUGCAGAGAAACGGCGCAGCAGAGAAACUUCAGACCCAACAGGGAGCUGGCGAAAAUUAUCGAAAUAGCCAAGCGGCUGAGUUUACAGGCAGCCAAAGGCUCAGGAGGCGAGCGAGUGUGUGAGAAACACCAGGAGACCCUGAAACUGUUCUGCGAGGAGGAUCAAGCCCAGUGGUGAGCUGGAGCCGGUUUG